UCAAAAUGGCCGCCCAACUGCCGAAUGUGUCCCAGGACCUCGUGUGGGAGCUUACCCGCGCCCACAACUCCUUCAUCGUGAAGCGCAAGGGUCUCGGCAACAGCGUGAUCUUCUCCCGCGAUCCCUACAACCUGACCAACAUUCACUCCAAGAAACACGCUGGUUACGCCCACGACAAGUCCAUCAGCAUCCAGGCUGGUGAGAACGGCGCCGUCCAGGUCGUCAGCAAGAACGAGAAGAAGGCCCAGAAGCCCGCCGAGGCUCGCAACGUGACCAGCUUCAGCCAGCAGACCCCCGCCAGGAAGACCUACAAGGCUGUUGCCAACCUCGCCGCCAAGCGCAGCUACCGCAGCGACCUCCGCCAGCCCGCCGUCGAGCGUGUCAGCGCUCUCCGCUACGCCCAGAAGGCCGUCAAGGCCGACCCCGAGCCCAAGCUCCGCGGCAAGAAGGCCAAGAAGGCCGCCGCUGCCGACGAGGCAUAAAUGACUGUUAUUUCGAGAUGAAUGCGGGUCAGGAUUGGUUGGUUCGAUGACAUAACAAAUAAAGUAUCUCAUGAGACGGCCAACAAAUCAAGCCAUGGCUAGAAAGUCCUUCUGGCAAGCAUCGCAUGCAGUCGUCACAUUCGUCGUGUGAGGCUAUUUUUGAUUCAUGUGCCUGGACCAUAAAGCCCUCGCAAUCUGCGGGUUUGCAGCCGUGCGCCCUUCUUGGGACAUGGCAUCGUAGCCUUGCUAAACCGCGUGUGUCUCGGUAUAUAUCUGUAAAUCAAAAUCGAACUUUGGGGCACGGCCUCUGAAGCGGUUCCACCCGCGUCAAAAAUAGCUUUUCCUAUGCCCAUGUCGAUGUUGUUGGACAGCCGUGCGCGUAGCUCUGAGCUGCUCUCUCUGCAUUGGCAACAACCUGGCAGGUAUGAGACCGAAACGGUGACGCAUGCGAUUUUGUCCUCGGAUAUGCCUGAACCUAGGUAGGAAACUUUCGGAGUAUUGCGGCCUUUCGUUGGUCCUGGCUCGUUCUGCCGAGGG